AUGCCAAUCGCCGGAGCUGAUGAUGAAGCCAGAACACCGCUUCUUACUGAAACCGUUGACGGAUCCGUCGACUACCGAAGCAAACCCGCCGUUAGAUCUACCUCCGGUGGCUGGAGAUCCGCCGGAUUAAUCAUCGGUAUCACCUUGAUUUUCCCGCCAAUUUCGGUUUUUCCUUUUUGA